GAAUAUGCAAGAUAACCAAACCCAAACAAAUUUUCAGUGAUAUAAGAAUUACGAUCUAAUUUAAAAAUGGCUUUAGCAAAAAUGAUUAUGUUUGCAUUUGCUGCAGCUUCCAUAUUCUCCAUGGCAUCUGCUAUUUCUGGAACAGCCACUUACUACGGCCCUCCUCUCGUUCCAUCAUCAUGCUACGGGUACCAAGACAAAGGCGUGAUGGUAGCAGCUGCAAAUCCUGCACUGUUCAACAAUCGUGCAGCUUGCGGGAAUAGAUACAUAAUACGGUGCACCGGAGCCACCAACCUAGGGGUGCCACAACCAUGCCGCAACGGCCCCAUCACUGUGACCAUCGUUGAUCUCUGCCCGGGUUGCGGCGCCAACCAGAUCGAUCUCUCUCAGGAAGCUUUCAAAGCUAUUGCAGACCCUAACGCGGGAAGAAUCCGAAUUGAUUAUACCCGGGUUUGAAUUUAUGAGCUGGGAAUUGAAGAAUGCUUAUUUCAGUUACCAAUAAUAAGAUCUACUAAUAUGUACUCAUAUAAUUUCAUCCCCAAUAAAGUGUAUGUUCCUGGUGAUAAUAUUAAUACAUUAUAAAAUAACCCUUUGUGUUUAUUUUACUAGACUUGUAGAAUAAACGGCAGGGUUGGCCUUUGAUUAUAAUGACAACUUUUACUAGUCUCUUUAUCUAAAA